CUAUUUUGUUGAAUAUCUGCCUACUAAUCCUGAAGAUUAUGCAGUUAUAUAUAACUUUAUUAACAAUGAAAAUUAUUCUGAAAAGCAAAGUAAAGAUGAUAUUCAAAUUCAAAAAUUAAUAAAAGACAAAGCUUGA